AUGUUUAGGUUGAUGAAUUCCUUACCUCUUUCUCCUCUUCUCUCUUUGCAGCAUAACGAAAUGUUUCAUCUAUACUCCUCAAUCAGUCUAGUGUCAGUUACUAAGCCGAUCGAUAUUAUGGCUGUUGUUGAGAAUGGUGGGUCGAACAGUCAUGUCGAACCAAACGAUGUUGAUCAGUCAAAAUCAUUGAUUUCGAAAUCAAGGUCAAGUGAUCAGCAUCAGAGUUCCGAUCAGCAGAAGACGACACCACCUAAUGGAAAUGGUAGUCUGGCAUACAAUAACGGUGUCUCAAACAAUCAUCAUCAGCAUCAGAUGACUACGAAUGGCGUUGAUCAUCAUAAUCAGGAAGACGAAGAAGAAGAAGAAGAAGAAGAGGGUUUUAAAAAAGAAAUGCGUGAUUUAGCUGAAAUGCUAUCAAAAUUGAACCCUAUGGCUGCAGAAUUCGUACCCCCUUCCCUCUCCAACAACCAUCCUAGGCCCCUUCUAGUUCCCCCAUCUCCUACUUCUCACUUUGGUUAUGCCGCCAUCAACAAUUUCCUUCUCCAAACUAACACUACACCAGCUUUCACCAACGCCAAUUCCAAUGGAACUUCUACUAGACGGAAGAAGAGUAACUUUAGUCAUGGGAAACGAAGGAUGAAUAGCCGAACUAGCUUGGCACAAAGAGAAGAUGUCAUUAAAAGGACUGUUUAUGUGUCUGAUAUUGAUCAUCAGGUUACUGAAGAACAACUUGCAGCUCUCUUCAUAGGCUGUGGACAGGUUGUAGAUUGUCGUGUAUGUGGUGAUCCAAAUUCUGUUCUUCGGUUUGCCUUUAUAGAGUUCACAGAUGAGGAAGGUGCAAGGAAUGCAUUGACUUUAGGUGGAACUAUGCUUGGAUAUUAUCCAGUUAGAGUAUUACCUUCAAAAACUGCAAUUGCACCAGUAAAUCCUACUUUUUUGCCUCGGUCUGAAGAUGAGAGAGAAAUGUGUGCAAGAACUAUCUAUUGUACUAACAUUGAUAAGAAGGUCACACAGGCUGAUGUCAAACUCUUUUUUGAAUCACUUUGUGGCGAGGUGUAUCGCUUAAGGUUGCUUGGUGAUUAUCAUCAUUCAACUCGUAUUGCAUUUGUGGAGUUUGUUAUGGCGGAGAGUGCAAUUGCAGCUCUGAACUGUAGCGGUGCGGUAUUGGGAUCAUUACCAAUAAGGGUGAGCCCAUCAAAGACUCCGGUUAGGCCACGUGCACCUAGAUCUAUGGUGCACUAAAUCGAUGAUCGUUUUUCUUAUUAUAGACUCAUCUAGGGGCUAUAUCAAUAUAUCUAAACAUACAUAUAUGUAGGUGAACAAGAACUGGGUUAAGGUACUUUUGUUGGUAUUUAUGUUUCUAGUUUCUGUCCUCGUCCAAAUGUGACCAUGGAUCUGUCAUUAUAUGUAGAGUUUGGAUAAACGAUUUAAGCAUUCCGUGGUUUAUAGCUCAUUAAGGUCGAGUUUGUUAAAUGGAACUAGAGAAUCUGUUUAGGGCUAUUUUCGAUGAUUAUGAUGAGGACAUUUACGUCUUUUGUACUGGCGAGAUAUCGAUAGUAUGA